GGGCAACUGCUGGACUCAAACAGAGCGGAGAGCGGAGCGGCGCGCGGAGCCGCAGAUCCAACAUGUCUUAUAAAAGCGCUUUAAAAGCCGAACAGGAGCUGUACGAGCUGAAGAGCCGAGCGGCGGAGUAUUACAGAGCCAACCGAGUCCCUCACACCCUGGAGGAGCUGCUAAACCAGCUGUUUGCGGAGAAACCCAGUGAUAUUUAUGGAUAUAUGGCGAAUUACUUCUCCAGGUUGGCUCACACACCUGUGAUCAGUUCCAUAGCAGGGAGAGAGGUGUACGACAGCAGAGGGGAAGCAGCGCUGCAGGUGGAUGUGUACUGCAUGGUCAGGAAUGAAGAGAAGUUAGUGUGCAGUGCAGUAAAUACUGGCCUAGAUGAGCAUAGGGCGGAGUCAGGGGAUGCGGUUGCUGAUGAUAACCAUCAGCAGGCAUCUGUGGCGACGGCUCUGGAGUGGAUCAGAGAGCAGCUGAGCUCCAUGCUUUGUGGCUUUAACCCCGCCCACCAAACGCAGCUGGACAAAGUAGUCAGUGAUUUCCUUAUGGCUCGCUACCUCGAGGAACAAGAUGCUCAUAAUAGCAACAUAAAGAGUGAGGAAGAGGAGAAGAAGAUUGAAAGAGCACCUGAGGCCACGCCCCCUCCCCAACCUGCUCAGAACAAAGACAAGAAAGGAGAGAAAGGUAAGAAGAGAAACAGUGUGGAGAAGUUGAUUCCCCCUCUGGACCCGCCACCGCCCGUGCUGCCUGGGGCAGUGGUGGCAGCUGCUGUGUCACUGGCAGCAGCCAAAUCUGCGGCGAGUCUCACAGCAGUUCCCCUCUACAGACACAUCAUCACUCUCAGAGACCCGCAGGCUCUGAGUGCUGUCUUCAUGCCCAUACCCUUGCUUACAGUGUUAAGCUGUGGAAAAGCAUCAGCAGGGAAACUCAACUUAUUGGAGGAACUCAUCCUGCUGCCCACCAGGACAUACUCAGCCAGAGAAAUUGUAGUGAUGGGUUGUGAGCUCCAGAGAGAAAUAAAGAGAAUAUCCACCUCCACCACCACUAGUAAAACUGGGCCUGCAGUACUGGGUGUAUCUGAAGGGGGCGCUCUGCAGCUGAGCUUGGAGCGCUCUGAGCAGGCUCUCGACCUGCUGAUGGAGGCCUGUGUGAAUCUGAAGCUGCCGAUGGGCACGGAGCUCCGGCUGGCGAUAAACUGCGCCGCUCACAAACUCAUGGACUAUGCAAAGGGGAAGUACGAGGUGAUGGCAGGGACGUUGAAGUCUCCGGAUGAGCUGGUGGAUAUGUAUGUGGGGCUGGUCAGUAAAUAUCCAUCCAUUGCAGCCCUCAUCAAUCCCUUCAGAAAAGAGGAUGAGGAACAGUGGCUGAAGCUAAGCUCUCUGAUUGGCCACUCAUGUUGCCUGGUUGCAGAUGCAGCCUACAGUCCUGGUCCAUGCUGGAGGGAUGCUAAGCCCCUCCCACAAGGAGUCACAUGGGUCACUCUUAGACAUGGCAGUGAGAUGACCCUCACUGACCUCCUUCACACCGUCUCACAGAGAGCAGGUACAGAUGGAGAGACGAUUCUAGCAGUGAGCAGUGAGGAGAUUGGUGACGACAGUAUGGUAGAUGUGGCUGUAGGUGUGGGAGUGACGUUCAUUAAGUUGGGGGGUCUGAGUGGAGGGAGCAGGAUGAAUAAGUACAACCGACUACAGAGCAUAGAACUGGAGCUUCAGGAGCAAGGCAUUCUGGCAGGGAUGCGCCAGAUGAAGUUGCCGUGGGAACAGGAGGAGGUGGAGUUAAAUCCAGAGGAGGCAAACUGAAUAGGUGCUGAACAGGUGACCAGCAAUUGACCCGUCCACAUGUAAUGAACCAAAACACAAGAGAUCUCAACACCACUUCAUCUAAACCGUCUGAACAUUAAUUACUGUAACUCCUAUAAUAUACCCAUACUAAUAUAGAACAUGUAAUAUUAAAUAACAUACAGUGUAUAAUCAGCAUUAUUAGCAGAUUUGUGUAUCUACAUUGACAUGCCAAAAGUCACGGGACAGCAGUAUGUGUUUAAAUUGACUAAAAAGUGGCAACUGACCUGCAUAAGUUGUGAUCUUGUUAUCUUGUAAGAGAGAGUGAACAAUGGCAGUGUGCCAAGGUGAUGUGAAUUUUGGGAGUUGGAGUGAGUAGUAAUGAUGGUGACCAGUGGCAUCUGGCUGAAAUUGUCCAUGUGAACAGCGUUCUUUAGCUUCCACGAAACAUGGCAAAAGUCACGGGACACCAUACUAGUUCCUGUCUCAUGAGAUUUGGCAUGUCAGUGUGUUUUCUCAUUUUGUAGCAAGAAUGACUCAAAUGCUUGAAUAUAAAAUAUUGUUGAUUCUUUAAUGUAUUUCACACUUACAUCAAUAUUUACAGUGCAGUCAGCCACAGACAUUUAACACAGUCUCUUUUAUGUAGAAAUGUCUUUACUGUAUCAUUGCAUUGCAAGUGCUGUUCUGAACUUAUGCAAGGGAAGGUCCUGAGUUGGGUAGAAAUUUGAUUAAAUAUUCGUUGGGUUUGA